AUGCGAGCGAGCGCGUGGGCGUCUGUGUGCGUGUGCGGGGUCGGGCGUGGCGUCGGGCGCGCGCGCGGUCGGGGACGGCGCGUGCGCGCGCGAGGGACGACGACGGCGCCUGAGGCGGUGGAUGUGCGAAUUCCAGUCACGGUGCUCACGGGAUUCUUGGGAAGCGGAAAGACGACGCUGUUGAAUCGAAUCCUCGGCGACGCGCACGGGAAACGCAUCGUCGUCAUCGAGAAUGAGUUCGGUGAGGCGGACGUCGACGGUGAUCUCGUGACGUUUCGCGAGGCGGGAGAGGAGGACAUCAUGUUGUUGAAUAACGGAUGUCUGUGUUGCACCGUGCGAAGCGAUUUGGUGGAGAUGCUCGCGCGGUUGGUGCGAGAGAAGCGUGGGAUGUUCGAUCACAUCCUGAUCGAGACCACGGGAUUGGCGAACCCGGCGCCGAUCAUUCAGACGUUUUAUUUGGAACCGGCGCUGUUGGAUUCGUUGCGAUUGGACGGCGUCGUCACGCUCGUGGACGCGAAGCACGCGGGGUUACACCUGGAUGAGGUCAAACCGCGAGGGGUGGUGAACGAAGCGUUGGAACAGGUGGCUUUCGCCGAUCGAAUCGUGCUGAAUAAGAUUGAUUUGGUGUCGGAGAAGGACGCGGACGCGCUCGAGCGUCGCCUUCGAACCAUCAACGACUUGGCGAAGAUACGCCGGGCGUCCAAGGCGCAGGUGGAUCUGGAUUUCGUCCUCGGCGUCGGUGGAUUCGAUUUGGAGCGCGUGCAGGACCAAGUUUUGGGCGAGGAGAAGCCGGUCGGCGCGCACGAUCACGGGCACUCGCACGCCGAGGGCGAGGAAUCGUGCGAGCAGUGCGACCACGGGCACGAUCACGGACACUCGCACGACGCGCACGCGCACGCGCACGGCGAGGAAGACUGCGAAAUUUGCGGCGAGCACGGUCACUCGCACUCGCACCACGUGCACGACGACGCCGUCGGCAGCGUCUCGCUCACGCUCGAGGGCGACCUCGAUCUCGACCUCAUCAACGAUUGGCUCGGUCUUCUCCUCAACGACCGUUGGGAAGAUUUGUAUCGCAUGAAGGGCGUGCUCGCGAUCGAGGGGUGCGACGAGCGUUACGUCUUCCAAGGCGUCCACGCCCUGUUCGAGGGCAUGCCGGACCGCGCGUGGAAGUCGGACGAGAAGCGCGCGUCCAAGCUCGUCUUCAUCGGCAAAGAACUCGAUCGCGACGAGCUCCAGCGCGACUUCGAGGCGUGCCUCAGCAGAAAGUAG